GCGCUUUCGCCCCAGCACGCGACGGACGAUCCUUGGGAUCCGCUUUCUCCGCGGACGGGAAAUGACUGCAAAGCCUCUCCUGCUCCUCGCGGGUGCGAUACUUGGCAUUCCCUCCGAUCCCAAUCGGAACCGGUCGCCGGCAGACGAGCGCUUUCCGACGACGCCGCUGCGGCAGCAUCGCGCCGCCACCGCAAGCGAGAGGACGACAUGGUGAAUCUCCUCGGCGCCAGCCUCGCCGGCUGGCUGCUGGUCUCCUCCGCCGGCUUGGUGAUGUGUCUGGAGCCUGGUCUGUCAGGAGGCCUGUGUGAAGGCCGGCCGGACUCGGUGUUUGCCGACAGCGACGGCCACGGCUUCGUGGCUUGCCGAGGAGGCGCUGCACACCAGCUGCGUUGUCCGCCGCGACAGCAGUUCCACGCUGGCUACUGCCGCCGGCCCAGGGCGGACGUGGAGGCGCAGAGGUGCUCCGAGCCGGACGGCGUCUAUCCGGACUACGGCUCCGGAUGCCGCCGCUUCUUCUUCUGCCGAGGUGGCCGCAAGACAUCGCUAACCUGUCCGGACUCGCUUCUCUUCGACUGGCGCCUGGGACGAUGCCGCCAGGCGGCGAAGGUGGCCUGCCCGAAGCUGCGAUGCGACGCGGACGGCGUGUUUGCUGACCGCGUGGGCGGAUGCAGGCGUUACUACCGGUGCCAGGACGGCGAAAGAGAGGAAGCUCUUUGCCCACAGGGCCAGCUCUUUCGUGCGGGUCGCUGCCAGAACACGACGAGCGUCGAGUGCGAGGGUGACAACGGGUGCGCCAGUCUGCCGGACGCCUUCUAUCCGGCUCCGGGCUGCGCCCAGUUCGUGCUGUGCGUGGCCGGCAACGCGCGGGAAUUCUCGUGCCCAUCCGACCUCAUCUUCAGCCGCAAGCAGCUCGCCUGCGACUACCCGCGCAAGGCCACCUGCGAAGUGCCCGACGCCACAUGCCCCCCUGGAUCGAACGGUCUGUUCCCGCUGACCGGUUGCCGAGAGUUCGCCGUGUGCCGGGACGGCGUCCUUCUCAAAGUGGGUAGCUGCCCCAAAGCCAUGGCCUUUGACGCCAACAGGCUGUCCUGCCGCCCCAUUGGGGACGUCAAUGCACGUUCGCCGAAGAGUACGCCGACGCAGGAGUGUGUAGGUCGCGCCGAUGGUGUCUACCCAGGCGCAACAGCAGACUCCUUCUACGCAUGCCUAGGACACGUCAAGGUGGCAACAUCGUCCUGCCCUGAGGGAUCCGUCUUUGACCCCACCGUUCACGGUUGUCAGACAAAGGGACCUGUAUCGGCUAACGAUGGCGUCUCUUACGGCCAGUACGAGUGCGAGGGGCGCAUAGGUGUCUUCCCUGAUUAUAGAACAUCGUGCUACAGCUACCGCAUCUGCGCCGAUGGCCUGGAAGUCGUCCAAGACUGCGGCGGUGGCCUAAGCUACGACACUGAGUUCGGUCGCUGCGUCGAAGAUGCCUCAACGCCAUGCCGUCCUCCGCGCGUCGUCGGUACCUUCAAGUGCCCCGAGGGCUCACCUGGACUCUUCGUGGACGAGAGCAGCGGCUGCAGAUUCUGGCACGAGUGCGUUGGCUCCGAGGGUGUCUCGUACGCAUGCCCGAAGGGUCACUCAUUCGACCCCGAGAGGAUGAUUUGCCGCCCUACAGUCGGCUGUACCGAGACUGCGCUGAGGCCGCGGGCCUCUAUAUCUGUCACCGGACUUGUCGUAAGGAUCAACGACACAGACUUCGAUGUCGACUGUGGAGAAGUUGCUGAGGUUCUGCCGUCCAUCGACCGUCAGGACUUCCACGUGUGUACUCCCGCUGGAGCGUUCAAUUUCCGUUGUCCCUCUGGCACGGUCUUCGACACUGAGAGGAACGCCUGUGACAUAGACCGUGGCACCGACGUGACCGACCUGGCACUUCCAGAGAAUGCUGACGAUGACUUCACCUGUGACGGUAGACGCGAUGGCUUGCACCCUGACGAGAAUCAGGGCCACGACUGCGCGAGGUAUUACUCAUGCGAAGGAGGCCGCAAAAGGAUCAUGCUCUGCCCUACAGGUACAAGGUUUAACCCCGUGCUUCUCCUUUGCUCGAGCUCGGUUCUGUGUCACGUAGAUCGGCACUUCUCGGGGACGCAGCCGCCUGCCCUCUUGAACGCCCCUGUUACCACAACAGAGACUAGUACAACAACGAGUGCACCUCCAUCCACGGUGGAACCCACCCGACGAACGACAACGGAGUACACGACUAAGCUAACGACAUCUGCGCCGGCUGUUGUAACUGCACGAGCGUCGUCGAGGGGAAGCGGUCGUACGGCAACGAGAGGAACUACAUGGGCCGCAUCAUGGCAAGGCAGUUGGGCCUGCUACGCGAGCACCUGCGCGCUCGACUACGUUAGCACCUGUGGAAUCUACAAGGCCAGUUUCUACGACGGCGCGACCUACCACAUCGACAACUACUGUGGCUACGACCACGACAACAACGAUGGCCACGACCACGACGACAUCGACAACGACGACACCAGCCCCAGCACCUACAAUAUCCGCCGGCAUCGCAGCCAGAUUACGACGAUUACUACACAGACAUUUCGCCAGAACAUGCCCCUGAAGUCCCAGCCGGCGUCGCGAGACAAACUACGCCAGUGACUACGCCAGAAAGUGUUCCAGAACCGGCCGUUGGACUAGUUGCAAGAAAAAUUCCAGAGGGUGUGCCCCUGCCUCGUCUGGACGAUACGCCAGUAACUGUACCUCCUUUCAUCAAGGACUAUGAAACAGAAGCGAUACCAAAGAGUUUACCAGAAACAGGUACAGUGCCUCCGGUUACUACAGCGCAGAAUAUAAAAGAGCUUGCACCAGAAACUACACCGUCGACAACGCAGGCCAGCACUACGGUAACUACACAGGGAAGCACACCAGAUUAUGUC